AUGGCAAAGGUCGAAGUUCAGAUUCGAUCUUGUUUUUGUUGCGGACUUUCGAUUGCCACAACUGCAAUUGCAAUUUACACAUUGGUGAGUUUUUUGAAAAUUUAAAAAGAAACUAAUUAUCUAAAAAUAGAAGGAAUUCCUUGUAUCUAUGGGCGUGGUCUACCAUAUAUUCGUUGAAUGUAGAAUGUUUUCUUGAAUUUUUCCGAUGUCAAAAUAUUUGCUUUGUUCGACAAAGUUACCGCAUUACAGAACUUUCAAACCUCUCAAAAACUUUGUCAAUUUGAUAAAAACAGUAACCGCAAUUCAAUUUACGAUUAGGUACUUUGAAUAAAAAUAGUGUAAUAAAUUUUAUUACACAGCGAUGAUUGAUUUGUGAUAAUAAAAUGCGAAACACCAUAAACAUCUCAUUUAUCUAAAACUAUUUUUGAAAUUGAUUUCAGAUCUUGUAUCUUCUCUUAACUGGUUUAGCUGGUUGGGGAUUGUCUGACACAACAACAAACGGCGAUGUGACACAUUACAAUUCGUGUGAACUCGAAGCUCAAGGCAAGAUUAAUGCGGAAAAUCGCAAGCUCACUUUUACCGGUGGACGAACUGUUGUUGUUGUCGAAGAUUCGACAUCGUAUCAUUGUUCUCUUGGACUAUACACAGAAGAAUUGAAAUACUCAUCUGCUCGUAAGAUAUUGUUUAAAAAUCGUUAUAUUUGAACGAAUUAAAAUUUUCAGCUCGAUAUACUAUGCUUCUCCUCGAUAUUUUCUUGUAUGUUUCCCUUGUUCUUGCAUCAAUUGUUCUUCUUGUUGGUCUCUGCGUUUACAAUCAAUGGCUUCUCGUUCCUUGGAUUAUCUUGAUGGCUGUUGAUAUUGUAAGAGGAUUUAUCUCCGUCUUCUUCAUUUUCUGGUACAGUUAUGUAAGUGCAUUUUUUCAUUUUACGAAAACUUUAUCGAACUCAAAGACUCAAAAGCUUAUGAAUCUAUUUUCUAGGGAAACUUGGCUCGAAUUGCAACUGGUAUUUUCUUCCUCGGUCUUCAAUUCUUGCAUAUUUCACUCCUUCUGAUUAUCGUUGCAAAAUUCCAAAGAAUCCACAAUAACCGCAACGGUAUUCCAGACAAAGUUUAUGACACUUCCCGUUAUGCCGGGUCUCGUGCUCCAUCUCUUUAUUAUGGCGAAACAACUAAUCCAUCAGUUCAUCGCCCAGAUUUUUAUCCGAAUGAUCAACAUCGUAGCCAUUAUGAUGCUCAACAACCACAAUAUCGAUACUAG